CCGGAUUCGUUCCCUGCCGUCCAAUCUAAAGAACUUUCCUUCCAAGUUGUCUCCAACCUACUCAUAUCCUCCUACUGGCGGUCAUAGGUCAAAAGCCCCUCCUCUUACAAAGUCGCCACUCCAUUCCACCACGCGCGCACGACGCAGCUCGCCGGCUUCCUUCUUCUUCCUCCUAUCUCCUCUCGAGAGCACAGCUCAAUUCCUGCGAGUUGCGACUAGCCAUGGAGGCAGCCACCGGCACUGCGCGACAGCAGCCGCCGGGCUUCUUCGCCUUCCUGGGGCACGGUGCCCUCCUGCCCGCACGGAGCCGGGGCCUCUUCAUGCCGCUCCUCGUGCUCACCGCCGCCCUCGCCGCGGCGCUCCUCCUCGGCAACGCCCUCGCCGUGCAGCCCCUCGCUGCCGCCGUGCUCCUCGACGCCGACGCCAUCAGCCGCGCCGACCCGACUACCGCCGCUUACCGGGAAAUCGUGAGAAGCCUCCAGCUUCACGUCCAGCGGCUCCUGCUGGCCGUCGGCGCGUGCCUCUUCGCCGCCGUGGUCGCCGGCUCAGCAAUCAAGAUCGCCACCGUCUUCGCCGCCGUUGCGGCCUUCUCCGGCGGCGCCGAGCGGCGCGCCACCGUGGCCACGGCGCUGGGAGCGGCCAAGGGCAACGUCUGGGGCCCUGUGCUGACCGUCGCCUUCGGAUACGUCCUCGAGCUCGCCUGCGCCAGCGCCAUCGUCGCCCUGGCGCUGUUCGCGGUCGUCCUCCUGGACUACUCCCUCCUGCUGCUCUUCCUCGACGCGCUGCUCGUGCUCCUCGCAUCUCUCUUCCUCGUCUACCUCUCCGUCGUCUGCGCGGUUGCCGUGGUCGUGUCGGCGGCAGAGCCCGGGCGGCGCGGCGCCGGCGCGGUGUCCCGCGCGUGGCGGCUCAUGCGUGGCAAGAACGCGCAGGCCGUGCUCUAUGUCGUCGCCACGUGCGCGCUCAGCGCCGUGGUUUCGCCCGUGUACACGCUCGCGCUGAGGUGGUGGCCGCGCAGCGCGGCGAGCGGGGCGACCGCCGGCGUCGCCUACGUGCUGCUGCUCGGCGCUGUGGAGGUGUUCUCUGUCGCGGCCGUCACCGCGUACUACUUCGAGUGCAGGGAGAACAAGGAGGAGGAAGAGGUGAUCAUGAGUGGCCAUCGGUACACCAAGCUGCCCAAUGGAGACGAAGCAAACAUUUGAUUGGAUCUUUUUCCCAUUUUCCUUGUGGCAAAUUCUUUGGACGACUAGUCUUUGAUGCUAGUUUUAUUGUUUUGGAUCUCAAGUGGCUCAUGUCAAAACAUUGUAUGGUGAAAUUUGGAACAAAUAUGCGGAAAAUUGUCCAUUUCCUCGCACAGACAAAAUCAACAGAAGAAAGCAAACGCUCGGAACCAUGAUCUAGUAGCACCAUCAUCCAGAUUACCAGAUACCAUGCAAGUUGCUCAUGCCAUUGAUGGAGUUGUGAAUUCAGGCAGAACAAUCAAGCAAGCCGUUGCCACUUUCUUGUCACACUAAAUCCAGCGGCACGAAUUAAAGGUCUAGUAAAAGGCAUCACAGAAUUGGAGAAAAACAUUGCUGUCCAGAUGAGAUGAUAACAUCUGAUUCUCUUCUUCACGGGAAGGAGCUGCGAAUAUGCCUAACUACUUGCAGAAAGAAAGAACACAAUCCAAUGUUACUGAGAGAUGAGAUCGACCAUGGAUUAGGCGCCCAAAGCACGUCGUUUUCAGAGACUGUCAAACUAAGGCAGCCGCUUUUCCGUGGAAUAUUUCUUCGUGGAGCAAAGGAUGAUUCCACCAUGGGUCGCUAUCAAGCCAAGUCCCAACCUGUGUUUGGCCAAUCAGAUUGCUCUGAUGACUAGAUUUUUC